AAUGAACACUCUAUUCAGGCGUGAUAGAACUCCAAAACAUCCAGCCUCAUACUCUCUCAAAACUGAAACCGAAAUUGAGCACUCGCGGUCAGUUCGGGUAUUUUGGUCCGAAACAAUGGCGAGUGCUGUACGCAAGAAACUUGUUAUUGUUGGCGAUGGUGCAUGUGGAAAAACUUGUUUACUUAUUGUAUUCAGCAAAGACCAGUUUCCCAAAGUAUAUGUUCCUACUGUAUUCGAAAACUAUGUUGCAGAUAUCGAAGUUGAUAACAGACAAGUUGAAUUAGCUCUUUGGGACACUGCUGGCCAGGAAGAUUAUGAUAGGUUACGGCCACUUUCUUAUCCUGAUACGGAUGUAGUUCUGUUGUGUUAUAGUAUUGAUUCUCCUGAUAGUUUCGAAAACAUUCCUGAAAAAUGGUUGCCAGAAAUCCGGCAUUUUUGUCCUGAUGUCCCCAUUAUCUUAGUUGGAAACAAAAAAGACUUACGACAUGAUGAGGCUACGAAGAAUGAGCUUCAUAGAACCAAGCAACUUCCCGUUACUUUUAAUGAGGGUAAAGAAAUGGCUGAAAAUAUUAAUGCUUAUGCGUUCUUUGAGUGUUCAGCUAAGACCAAGGAAGGUGUCAGCGAUGUCUUUGUAGCAGCUACUCGAGCCGCCUUGAAUUCGGCGAAGAAGAAGAGGAGGAAAUGUGAUUUAAUUUGAUCCUCACUGUUCUCUAAAUUGUCUAAACUUGAUUUUCCGGUCUCCAAAACGUACAUUCCCUCCUAAUUCUUCCUCAGGACCUUAAAUUGCUACUUCUAUGGACUACUUGUUUCUUUAACGAUCAUACUUUUUGUUUACCAACAAGACAAUCCAUUCCACGGAAAUACUUACCAUUUAUUUUUGUCUUGAUACUAAGACAGGGCAUGCCUCAUUCGGCUUUUUAACUUUGUUAUCCAGCAUUCAUACCUGUUGAGUGUAACAAAAUAUACAAAGCCAGUUUAUAACUAAAUUCUGUUCCAAGUUUAUCCGGUCUGCAAAAUGAUUGCGACUCACCUACUUACUAUGUGUUAUGCUUCGUAUAUUCACAAGAGUGGAGCGGAAAGUUGCCUUGUUUAUUUCUGUUUGGUUUACGUAGCGGCGCAGGUUCAGAUUAAUUAUUAUUACUUCUCCAGUUACAUCUAAUGAGUCGGUUUUGGCUCAAAAGAGUGUACUGACCAUGAAUACUGUUUCAUUUCACAAUGCCAUUACCUGCUGUUUGUGUGAUAUAUAGUGAGUGUUUUACUUAUCGUUGUUGUGAAACGUACUUUUUAACCCUUAUUUGUUUGCCAAUGUAGUCUACUGCUACCAAGAAAGCCGGGUUACACUACUUGUGGGAAGAGCCAGCGACUUGGACUUGUUAUAAAACGGAUAUUUUUGUUCCUAACCUUUUUCCGUACUUCGGAUUGCCUCAAGGUAUUUUGAACAUAUACUGUUAUAACCAGUGUGAUCCAUUGUCCUGAACAUCACAAAUCAGAAAACCUGGGUUAUCAAAUAUUUGGUGGGAUUUGAGAUACGUUUGCUAUAUCUCAACAAACAACUCCAUUCCAUACCACUGUUUGGUUGACUAGUGGUUUAAAACGCCAAAUAAUAUUUCCGUUAUUUGUAGCCCAAAUGUAAUUAAUCAGUGUUGGUUGUAUUCUGAUUCAUCUAUUUGUAUGGUCAGUAACAAAGCAACUAGAGAGGAAUAAUAGGAAUUGAAGAG